AUGAUGAGAGUCUCCCUGUGUGGCCCUCACCUGCUGGAGGGAGGUAGGUACAGAGCCUGGCAGAGCUACAGGAAGGCUGGAAUUACAGUGUGCUGUUCUUACAGGACUAGAGACCGGUAUGUGCCCUCUGGGACCACAGCCCUGCCUGGCCAAUAUAUGCCAACCCGGACCCUUGCUUUACCUGCUCAGUGUGUGCUCAGUAGGACCAUCACCUUGCCUGGACAGUAUGUUCCUAUCAAGUCCUCUACCUUACCUGGCCAAUAUGUGACAUCCAGGACCUCCUCCUUUCCUGGACAGUAUGUUCCCAUCAAGACCUUUACCUUGCCUGGCCAGCAUGUGCCAUCCAGGACCUUCACCUUGCCUGGACAGUAUAUUUCCAUUGAAACCUCUACCUUGCCUGGUCAAUAUGUGCCCUCCAGGACCUCUACCUUGCCUGGUCAAUAUGUGCCCUCCAGGACCUCUACCUUGCCUGGUCAAUAUGUGCCCUCCAGGAUCUCCACCUUGCCUGGCCAAUAUGUGCCCUCCAGGACCUUCACCUUGCCUGGCCAAUAUGUGCCCUCCAGGACCUUCACCUUGCCUGGCCAGUAUGUGCCCUCCAGGACCCUUACCCUGCUCACCCCUUGGCCAGCUUCAACGUCUGCCAACCACAGGUGGUACAGCACAUCACCUUCCAGCCAGGCAGGACAGCACUCAGAACCCAGGGAUGAGAAGGACUCAGGAAAAGGGAGAAAGAGCCUGGCCUCUCAGGAUGUCAAGAGGCUGAUGGUCUUGGCCCAACCGGAGAAAUGGAGGCUAUCAGCGGGCGGUCGGAUUCCUCACCGUAUCCAGUGUCAUCACCAUGUCUGCGCCAUUCUUCCUGGGGAAAGUGAUCGAUGUGAUCUAUUCCAACCCCCCCGAGGAUUUCUCCUCCAGCCUGACCACACUGUGCUCCUUACUGAGCGGAGUCUUCCUAUGCGGAGCCGCCGCCAACGGGGCCCGCGUCUACCUCAUGCAAACCUCAGGGCAGCGUAUAGUGCGCCAUUUGCGCUCUUCUCUCUUCUCCUCUGUCCUGCGGCAGGAAGUUGGAUUCUUUGACAAGACUCGGACCGGAGAGUUGAUCAAUCGUUUAUCAUCAGACAGCGUUCUGAUUGGUAGAUCAGUCACCGAGAACCUCUCGGAUGGGCUCAGAGCGGUGGCGCAGGCUACGGUUGGAGUUGGGAUGAUGUUUUUUGUAUCCCCACAAUUGGCUACAUUUGUGCUGAGCAUCAUCCCUCCCAUGGGGGUUGUUGGAGUCAUCUACGGCAGAUAUUUACGGAAGGUCUCCAAGCUGACACAAGAUUCGCUGGCAGAAGCCACCCAGCUGGCAGAUGAGCGUAUCGGCAAUGUGAGGACAGUCCGUGCCUUCGGGAAGGAGAUGCACGAGAUGAAGAAGUAUGACAAUAAGGUGGAUUAUGUUCUGGACUUGGCUUAUAAAGAGUCCUUGGCUCGGGCCGGAUUCUUUGGGAUGACUGGGUUAUCGGGAAAUCUCAUUGUCCUGGCCGUGUUGUACAAAGGCGGUCUUCUGACUGGAGCCUCACAGAUGACAGUUGGUGAACUUUCCUCUUUCCUGAUGUAUGCCUUCUGGGUAGGGAUCAGCAUCGGAGGGCUCAGCUCGUUCUACUCAGAGCUCAUGAAAGGGUUUGGUGCCGGGACCCGUAUCUGGCAGCUGCUGGACCGGAAACCAGAGAUGGCUUUUAAUGAGGGGGAGAUAAUUACACCAGAGACGUUCAGAGGUGCCCUGGAGUUCCGCAAUGUCACCUUCAUGUACCCGAGCCGCCCUGAGGCUCCCAUCUUCCAGGGUCUGGACCUCGCUAUUCCCUCUGGCUCUGUAAUGGCCGUGGUUGGUCCAAGCGGUUCUGGCAAAUCCACGUUGGUUUCUUUGCUGCUGAGAUUGUACGAUCCUAAUUCUGGGUCCAUCCAUGUUGACGGUCAUGAUGUGCGCCACUUGAAUCCACUCUGGUUACGCUCCAAGAUUGGGACAGUCAGUCAGGAACCGGUUCUCUUUUCUUGCUCUGUCUCAGAGAACAUUGCUUAUGGGGCUGAAGACCCAUCCUCCGUCACCCAGGAGGAGAUUCGACGUGUCGCCAACAUUGCCAAUGCUUUGAGCUUUGUGGAAAACUUCCCAAAAGGCUUUGAUACAGUGGUUGGAGAGAAAGGUGUCUUGCUGUCAGGUGGUCAGAAACAACGAAUAGCCAUCGCACGGGCACUUCUCAAGGAUCCCAGAAUUCUCCUCCUGGAUGAAGCAACAAGUGCAUUGGAUGCAGAAAAUGAAUUCCUGGUUCAGGAAGCUCUGGACCGGCUGAUGGAAGGACGGACGGUCCUCAUCAUCGCUCACCGCCUUUCCACCAUCCAGAACGCGGACGCGGUUGCGGUCAUCGACCAGGGCCGGGUGGUGGAGUGCGGUAAACACGAGCAGCUGCUGCAGAACAGAGACGGACUGUUCAGUAAACUCAUGGAGAAGCAGGCCAGCCUCCUGCGCAGCAGAGACGCCAUCCUCACCGCACAGUGA